AGUACAUACAAAUGUAUAAAACUUUCUGAAUAAAAUUAUUUUCAACUUACUCAGUAUAAAAAACCGUAACGGAAUGGCUAAACUUUUAAAUAAUCUGAAACGUAAAUUAGAAGACGAUUCAUCCAGCGAUUCCGGGCUUUUCCAAAAGCGCUUCAAGAACAUGCACCUGAUUCAAGACGCCGAUAGCAUUAGCAGUUGCAGCAUUCCGCUGAUGGACAGCGACGACUCCUUGGAACCAGGAGUGAACGGAUACCUUCCGGAGCUGGGACCCAAUGAAAACCCCUACUACUUACAGAACAUGAUGCUCCACGAUUUGCACAUGGAGCGUGUCAAGCGCAGAAUACAAUAUAGAAGUUCUAGUUCCUCUGAUAAAAUGGAAUACAGUAGGAAAAAUACAAACUCUUAA